UAAAGUUACAAAAUUUUUUUUACCAAUCUCGAUAGAUAUUUACAACUAGCAUAAAGAUUUUUAAAAUGGGCGCCAACAACAGCAAGCCGCAGACUGUGCAAAUGACCAACAACUCUCCAUUUCAAAUAAGCCGUGAGGUGCUGGAGCGUGUCGAAAAGUCUGCUGCCAAAACAGAUAAAGUUGUGACUCCCGCUGCGGGCACAGGCGCCACCACGACCACCAUUAAUACCGAGGAAUGCAAUCAGAAGCAGCUGCAAUCGUCUAACCAGCAAACAGAGGCCGUGCCAACGAAUGUAGCUGCAUCUUGGUCCAGACGUUCCACGGAAAUCGAAGAAUCACAAUUCAGCAAGACAAUGGACCGUGUGCAUCAGCUCUUUGGCCAGCCGGUUAAAUGGGCCAAGGCGAACAACUGCUCCGCAGACAUAGAGACAAUGGAGCAGCAGCUAAUUAACUGUUACCGCCAGUAUGCCAAUGAGCCACUCAAGUGUGCCCCAUUAGCCAAACAGUAUCACACGUUUGUAUUCGACAAGCAGCUGAGUGCGGCCAAAAAGUCGAAAACCUCUGACCAGAAGAUUAAGAUACUGCGUUCAGAUGAGAUGUGUACCGAAUAUUAAAACAGAGUAAUUUAAUAUCUAGCACAGAAACACGAACAAUUUCAAAUAUAGCGGUCGGAUAAAGCUUUUCAUUCGAUUAAUGCGACCACAUUUGCAUAAAAAGCUCGCUGGAGCUUUCUAAUCUCAACACAAAGCUGCUGCUGCAUCAGCUGAUUGGCGUGCAAAUUGCUUUAGUUCCGUUACAGCAAUACAACAGCUGGACAGCGUUCAAUUGUAUACAAAUUAUAAU